GGGAGAGAGACACUUACCCCGAGCGAGCUUUCUCCACUCAUUGCAACUUUUGAAAGCCUGGGGUACAAGUGUCAGCUCUCCAAGAAGAGUUGACCCCAGCAAGAUCAGCAUGAAGUUGGUAUACCUUGUCCUUGGUGCCAUGGCCCUCCUUCUUCUGGGUGGCCCUGACUCUGUCCUCAGCAGCUCCAGUGGGAACCUGCACACUUUUGUGGGCUGCGCUGUGAGGGAAUUCACUUUCAUGGCCAAGAAGCCGGGCUGCAGGGGACUUCGGAUCACCACAGAUGCCUGCUGGGGCCGCUGUGAGACUUGGGAGAAACCCAUCCUGGAGCCUCCCUACAUUGAAGCCUAUCAUCGAGUGUGUACCUACAACGAGACUAGACAGGUGACAGUGAAGCUGCCUAACUGUGCCCCUGGAGUCGAUCCUUUCUACACCUACCCGAUGGCUGUCCGAUGUGACUGCGGGGCGUGUUCCACUGCCACCACUGAGUGUGAGACCAUCUGAAGCCAGCGGCGUCACAGCUGCUGGCCCGAAGCUCACACCUCCACUGGCCCCAGGAAUAUAUCUGCUUUAUCCCCUGCAUUCAAUCUGGGCCAGCCCAAGUUACCGGUCUUCUUCUACGUAGCUUAGGCACAAGGUUCAGGUGCAGCACCCUUACACUGAAGACGUAAAGCAAUAGUGACCCUUCCCCAGAAUAAUCUCUCUGGUUCAUACGACUACAAAUUUGGUUUUCUUCGCUUGACUUUUGGGACGUGAACUGUAUACGGCAACCCUCUCUCGGGUUCUGUUGCUACUGUGCCUUUAUUUGAAGGAGUUGGAUAUCAUUAAGCGGUGGAAAGCCUUUAAAUCCCCACAUCCUGGCACUGAGCUCGGACUGGGUUUAUGAUGAAAGGGCGAAGGAUGAUCAAAACCAAAGCUCUUUCUUCCUGGCUCACAAGGACGCCCAUCCGAGGGUGUUCUUACAGAGAGCACCCCAUUUCCCUUUGAACCAAGUGAUUACCUAAACAAGAGGCAAGGGCAGCCCAGACUGUCAGGAAAAGGGAGUUUUGAUGUGGCUGAUUCAUCUCCCAAGCAAAAUUCUCUAAGUUCCCUCAAAACCCUUAUGGAAGUGUCUGCUUGCCAAUUACAACAACAACAACAACAACAACAACGACAACAACAACCACCCUCACAAAGUACAAUUAGGAGCUAUCUUUUAGGUUUAAAAACACCAGAGACUAAAUUUCCCAUUUGAGUGAUCCCCCACAGCCACAGUGAGGUGACCAGUUACAGAUGCCCUUCCCUGUUUAGUGUAUUUUAAAUCUAAGUGGCAUUUUAUUAGACUCAGAAUCCGGAGGGUUUGCCGUAGUAAGAUGGCCCUGCCUGCCCGGGGGAGGGGGGUGCUCGCCUGGUGCUGGGUUGCUUUCUCUGAAGUCUUACAGUAGCUGAUUCUGUGACCUUCUUUUUUAACUCCAAUUUUAUGCAAACAUUUUUUUAGUUUUGGCAUCUGGGGCGGGGAGGGGGGUUGAGUUUAAUCUUUGUGCUUUUUUAUAUGUCAGGAGCACCUAUACGAUGUCAAGAAAGUGUGGUCCCUGUCAUGGGGAUUCAUACAAACUUUC